CGGCGAACCUAACCCCUCCAGCCCGUGAAUCGAUCAUCUUGGUGUAACAACGACUACUACCGUACCAGGUACGCAUCCCCCCCCCCUCCCGGCCCCAUCCGACGUCACCGGCCCCCGUCGUCGCCGUCGUCCGUCAAGCUGGCAGCCACGAUUACGAACCAACAAGAAGCGCCCCCGUCUGAAACCCAAACGACGACGACGACGAGCCGCCCAGCCAUGACGCAACACGGCAACAGCAGCGGCCCCUACCGAAUCUUGCCCCUGGUGGUAGUGACGCCCAACCACGGGUCUCACAGUGACAGCUGUAAGACCGCCGCCGCGAAGCAGCAUCGUCAGAACCCUCCCCUGCCGCGGGACGAGAAGGAGCACCAGCAGCAGGAAGCACACCACUGCUACAGUUACCAGGUCCGCGGGGGGCGGGACCGGCGACGCCUCGUCUCGUCGCUCGUCGCGCUGCAUGUCGCCUGCAUCCAGCUGGACGGCGCCCUGAUGCGCUUCCACCCGCCCUUUGGCGCCGCGCAGCGGCACCGCAUGCGCCUCUUUUGGGAGGAGCGCAUCGCCCAGGCCACCGUCGGACGCAGGGUCGUCUUGCUCGCCCUCCCUGCUGCUGCUGCUGCUGCCGCCCCUGGUGUUGGUGGUGUUGGUGGUGGUGGUGUUGCUACCGGUGAUGCAGACGACAUUAUCGACGACGACGACGACGACAACGACGACGACAUCAACGACGACGUCACCGACCUGCCCAUCGCCGGCGUCGUCGAGCUCGCCACCCCAGACGCCGACACGGGGCCCUUCCGCGCCGACGUCGAGAUGCUCAUGGUCUCGCCGCGCCAUCGCCGCGCCGGCCUGGGCGGGCGCCUCAUGGCCGCCGUCGAGGACGCCGCUCGCGAGAGAGGCAGGACCCUGCUCCAACUCUCCACCACGGUAGGAUCCGUCGCCGAGGAGCGCCUCUACCCUGCGCUGGGGUACACCAAGGUCCGUCGUCCAUUUCACAUUCUUCUCACGCUCAUGACGAGCCUCCAUUCACUCACUCACUCAUACUACUACUAUUCUAUUCACGACAACCACCACACACCCCUCUUUCCCUUCCCAAAAGAUGCCACGAUCCACAAUCCACCACCAUGACCUCCACCAUCAUCAUCCUACUACUUUCCCCGUUUUCUUUGUCUCCUUCGUACACAUUCCUACCCUUGCCGGUUCUUCUCAUUCCCCAACCCCUAUCCCCGUUCCUCUCUCCAUAUAUCAGUAUGUGUAACUGUGACGUCAACUCCUGUCUGACUUCAAACCCCAAGUUCGGCAUCGUGCCAAACUACGGCAUCUCGCCCGUAGACGGCCAGCUCGUGGACGGGGCGUACUUUUACAAGGACCUGAGACGCCCCCCGACGGGUGUCUAGUUCCUACGUGUACAUGAAGGGAAAAUGCAGCAUACCGAAGAUUACACAGAAUAAUAGAAGAAGAACAGGAAGAAUAAAGAAAGAAAACACGUCACCUGUCGUCGGCAAGCGUGGCAGGUAUCCUAGUGUGGGGUGGGUGGCGAAGCAUCACCACCACCCCCCCCCCCCGUCGUAGGGCCUCCAUACCGAAGAAACCCCCUGUAGGCCCUUCCUCGGGUGCCGAGCUUCUCGGUGUCUUGCCCACCCCGUGGACAUGGCACGACACGGGACAUGGCACGCUGCGCUGUAUCUGCGCUGCAAUGUCGGCUUCUUGUCUACCUUGUAAUCCUAAUCUUGG